AUGAACGUACCGGCAUGGCAGCCUGACAGUGAUUCAACACAGUGUCAUAUUUGCCACUCAAAGUUCACUUUGCUAAAGCGAAGACAUCAUUGCCGGAGGUGUGGUCACUUGGUGUGCAAUCGUUGCUCCAAUAACUUCAUCAAGUAUUUGCCUUCCACCUACGUUGUUUCUCCACCCUCACAGAUAUUUUUGGAGACACCACAUGUGCCUCAUCGUACAUGCGACAAGUGUCAUUUGGAAGUAAAGACACUAAAACGAUGCCUGCUGGAAACAAACCAGAGUUCCAGUAGUGUAAACUCUUCUGUCAACGACAAGGACCGUUUGAUGAACAAGUCUACCUCAUCUUUGUCACAUACCUGCCCUGUGUGUAACGAAUCAUUAUUGACAUUCUCAGAUCAAGAAAGAAUAGACCACAUAGACCAGUGUAUUCAGGAUAAUGAGUUUAUCGGAUCUCCCAAGGGCACUCGCACACUCAAUAGAAUGCUUGUCUACAACUAUAAAGAUGUCAAGGAAACCCCAAACGAGUGUGUGAUCUGUUUAGAUGACAUUGUUUAUGGUGACAAGGUAGGUCGGUUGGAAUGUCUAUGUUUAUUCCAUUAUCAGUGUAUAAAAGACUGGAUAAACAAGAAGGGUGUCUGUGAAUGUCCUGUUCACACAAUACACUACUACUAG